AUGGCACAUCCAGGGAGCCGGGGUGAGGAUGUCGAGGUCCGCAACCGACUGCCUACUCUGAUGGAGGUUUUGGGAAGAAGGACUCUAGCUCCGGUCGAUCUGUUUUCAUUCUACAUUUACAUGCGCGACCAACAACGCUCGGUGGAUUACCUGGACUUCUGGCUCGAUGUAUCCCAACACAUGUCCUUGUGCCGCCACUAUGUCCGAGAACUGCGCCGUUCGAUGCUCGUCGACACGCCGGAGAUGGAAAAGACCACCACCAGCAAAAGGUCUUCGGCGUUACUCGAUCAAUUUGAACUGGGUGAAGGAAUAGACGCGAGAAAGAGUGGACAAGAAUCAAGGGUGUCUGCCAUCUUGAGAUCAGAUAACGGCGCAGCAGGUGCCAAGCCACCUCGAAGCAGAGGAGAGGGAGGUGGUGCUACUGAUCACUCACCUUCACAUAGCUUGGGAUCAGCCAAUUCAAGAAACCUCAGUCGUCCCUCCGGUGACCGACCCUCACCUUCAGAACUUCCACAGCCGACAUACUCCACUCCUGAAGUGCGGACGGACUCGAAUUCCCCUGGACAUAGUGUCGCUAGGGCCGACAUUAAAGCCAGUGCGGAGAAGAUUCUCUACACUUUUGUCUUGCCCGGCUCGGAGCGAGAGAUCGUCCUGCCAGACACCAUGCUGAACAGGAUCAUUCGGGCAAUUGAGGAGGAAGGACGAGACGACCCAGAGGUGUUUGAUGAUGCCAAGGACUACGUCUUCCAGGCGAUGGAAAGGGAUGCAUUCCCAGGCUUUUUGCAGGCCAAAGCCUUGGGCAAUCUAGUCCCAUUGAGUGUGUUGAUCAGACUCGCCAUUGGUCUGGCGAGCUUAAUGGCUGGGUUUUGGGCCGGCUAUUACAUGAUUCUGAGGGACAGGUCGAGGGCUACUCGCUGCUGGCUUAUCCUUCCUUUCACAAUCGGCUGCUACUUCCUCGUCUCCUACCAAUACAAGCUCGACAUCGUUGCCGCUUACCUGGGAUUUAGUGAAUACACGUGGAUGAACUGGUCGCGCGUCAGGGAGCCGUUUGUGCGGCGAUUGCUUCUGACGCGAGCGACCAUGGCAUUCUUGAUGUUUGCGGCGGCGGCGGUGGCAUUGAGUGUCCUGUUUAUAUUUGUUCCGGGUACGAGGUUCUAG